GUUUCCGCCAGGGACCUAUCAGUGUGCGUGUAUGAUCACGUGUCAAAUUCUUUCCCUUCAGUGACCGGUAGUCAGCGUGGCACAGACACAAGUAACCAUGGCAACAGAGAAGAAAGUAGUGAUGGUCACAGGAGGCACAGGUCUGGUGGGCAAGGCCAUUGAGACAGUUGCCACUGCUGAACUGAAAAGGGAUGACGAAGAGUGGCACUUUGUGUCUUCAAAAGAUGCUGAUCUUUCAGACGUUGCAGCGACGGAAGCCUUGUUUGAGAAGAUCAAACCAACCCACGUCAUCCAUCUAGCAGCUCUUGUUGGAGGUUUGUUCCGCAACCUCAAGUACAACCUUGACUUUCUGCGGGUGAACAAUAAGAUCAAUGACAACAUCCUCAACACCAGCUACAAACAUGGAGUGAAGAAGGUGGUGUCCUGUCUCUCCACCUGUAUCUUCCCUGACAAAACCACAUACCCCAUUGAUGAAACCAUGGUUCACAAUGGCCCCCCACAUAACAGCAACUUUGGAUACUCUUAUGCCAAACGUCUUAUUGACAUUCAGAAUAAAGCCUAUCACGCACAGCAUGGCUGCCAUUUCACAUCUGUGAUCCCCACCAAUGUGUUCGGUGCCUAUGACAACUUCAACCUGGAAGAUGGCCAUGUACUACCGGGGCUCAUGCACAAAGUCUACAUGGCAAAGAAGAACAACACUCCCUUCACUGUGUGGGGCACAGGCUCCCCGCGCCGACAGUUCAUCUACUCCCUUGACCUGGCCAGGCUCUUUGUCUGGGUUCUCCGCGAGUAUGAGGAAAUAGAUCCCAUCAUCCUUUCUGUUGGCGAGGAGGACGAGAUCAGCAUCAAGAGAGCCGCUGAGCUGGUUGUUGAAGCCAUGGAAUUCAAGGGGGAGGUCAAGUAUGACACGACCAAGUCUGAUGGGCAAUUUAAGAAGACGGCCAGCAAUGGCAAACUCCGAAAGUACCUCCCAGAUUUCAAGUUCACACCUAUAGAACAAGCGAUAAAGGAAACGUGUGAUUGGUUUGUGGCCAACUUUGAGGAAGCAAGAAAGUGAGGCAGCAGCAGGCGUUGUGGACUGACUGUCGUGGGAGGUUCAUAUCUGGUAUCCAUUGUAGCUGUAGUGUUCUGUGUAUCAAAUAGUUGAUCUCAGCCAGCUGUGUAUAAACACUAUUUCAUGUUUCAAAAGCAAUCUCAUUAAAAUCAGACCUCAGUUCUCGCUACUGCUAAACAAAGAUCUGAGGACAUCCCAUUACAGGUCACGUCAGAAUGACCUUUCUUCCGAACAAUCAGAGCAUCGCUUACCAGAUUAUUAAAGUGACAGCCGGAAUGUUAUUUCUGAUCAUGCAGCCUCGAAAUCUUUAACUACGAACGAUAGUUACGGGUUUAACGACUGUAUCCAUACAAUCAAGACCAUAUAUUAGCCAUUCCAGAAUGUUCUUUUGUUCAGGUUUCAAA